CCUCUUUCUCCUCAGGCCGAAGCCUCGGGACGGCCCUGGAAGCCGACCAUGGCAGCAGUGACCAUGACGGUGCCCGGGCGGAAGGCGCCCCCCAGGACGGGCCCGGUGCCCGAGGCGGCCCAGCCCUACCUGUUCACAGCCCAUGGGCCAAGCUUGGGUGUCGGGCCUGGGGGCUUGGCCACCUCCCCGGAGUGGACCGCGCGGCGCCUGGUGUGGGUGCCUUCAGAGCUGCACGGGUUUGAGGCGGCGGUGCUGCGAGAUGAGGGCGAGGAAGAGGCCGAGGUGGAGCUGGCGGAGAGCGGACGGCGGCUGCGGCUGCCGCGGGACCAGGUCCAGCGCAUGAACCCGCCCAAGUUCAGCAAAGCCGAGGACAUGGCCGAGCUGACCUGCCUCAACGAGGCCUCGGUGCUGCACAACCUCCGCGAGCGCUACUACUCCGGCCUCAUCUACACGUACUCGGGCCUGUUCUGUGUGGUCAUCAACCCGUACAAGCAGCUCCCCAUCUACACGGAGGCGAUUGUGGAGAUGUACCGCGGCAAGAAGCGCCACGAAGUGCCGCCCCACGUGUACGCGGUGACCGAGGGGGCCUACCGCAGCAUGCUCCAGGAUCGUGAGGAUCAGUCCAUUCUCUGCACUGGGGAGUCCGGAGCCGGGAAGACAGAAAACACCAAGAAGGUCAUCCAGUACCUCGCCCACGUGGCAUCAUCGCCGAAGGGCAGGAAGGAGCCGGGUGUACCGGCCUCCACCGGCACCAUGUCUUAUGGUGAGCUGGAGCGGCAGCUUCUUCAGGCCAACCCGAUCCUGGAGGCCUUCGGCAACGCCAAGACGGUGAAGAAUGACAACUCCUCCCGAUUUGGCAAGUUCAUCCGCAUCAACUUUGACGUCGCCGGGUACAUCGUGGGCGCCAACAUCGAGACCUGUAUCCUUCCCGGCCUGGGGGCCCGGGGGCUGCGGGCGGGCGGGCGGCCGGGGAGGGAGGCGCUCGGGAUCUCACCGCUUCCAGGGAACAGGCGGCUGUCUACUCGCACAGGAAGCCCUGGCUUCCGGCUGCGCAGACACC